AUGGAGUCCAAGUGCCUCACUUGUGAAAACCAUGAAACUAUGAUGCUGCAAAACUUUUUUGAACUAAGCAUAGACUACUUCCAUAUUGUGUUUCCUUUAGAUUGGCAAAAAUCAUUGACAGAGAAUAUGAUAUCUCUGAGGGAGACUGAUCGUUCCAGGAAUUUACUUGAAGAAAUUAUUCUUCAAUUCAUUGGUUUGAAAGGUGAGCUGACCUAUGGGCAAAUCGGAAGGGUGAUAAUGAUUUGGCUUGGGUCUUGUAAACCUACUGCUGAUCUAUAUGCCAAUAUUUCAAAAAGAUUUUCUAGAAAUGAAUCAUGGAGUACAUUCAUUGGGAGCCUCGAUGGGAAUGUUGUAUCAAAAGUUUUACAGGGGUCUGAGUCUAGUUAUUUUGAUGAAGCUUCAACGGAGGUGUCUUUGGUUUAUCAUUUCCACCAAGCACUGGGAGAUACAUAUAAUGCCAACUGUAGCAGACAAUAUGACUAUAUAUUGCCUAUUUGCUUUUUAUAUCUUCUUGCGCGUCUCCUGAUUUGGGUUUCUUCCUUCCGGGGAUUCUUUUUCACUACAAAAUCUUCGGCUGUUGAAUGGCUAGUCUAUGAGCUGUCAUUUGCCAAGCCAAGUGCAAGUUUGGUAACUGACAUACAGUCACCUCUGGAAGAUGUUUUUGAUUUGUUGGCCCACAUGGUUGAGCAUUUUCUUUACAAUGAUCAAGAAACAGCCGGAUGGUUAGAAAAAUCAAACAUCAAAUUCAUUGAUUACUAUCCUCUUCUGGUUUUGAGGCUGUUUAUUAUAUUUUGUUUACUUUGUGUGAACUCUGGAAAUUACGGUGAUAAACUUGUUGAUUUGCUGUGGAGAGAUGAUAUUGUUCGUCUGCUGCCAAGGGAUUUUUAUGAUGUUCUUUGGAGAAACAGGAAGCAUAAUUAUGUUGAUGUAAAUGUAAAUGUGCUUGCGGAAGCAUUCAGUACAAUCGGGGACCCUCUGGUGAUUGUGAGCUUGGUAAAUAAGAAUUCAGAGUUUUUAAGUCCUGAUAGCAUCUUUGUGGACAUGGGAGUUAUGCAGUGCAAAAAGGACAUUGUUGAAGUGGAGAAGAAUUUGAACUUCUUACCUGUUAUAAUUAAGCAUUUCUUCAGGAAUCAGCCUGGUGAUGCUGAAGACGGAAACAUAUUUGAUGAAGCAAAAUGCAUUCUUUAUGAUUUGAACCAGCUUUCUUCUGCAUUGGAUAUAACUUUAGUAUUUUAA